AAAUCGUAUUUGAAAAGUGCGAAAUUGGUUGGAGACGCGCAGCGUCGGCGUCGGAAUCACAUUUAUCGACUAAAUUUUAAGCCAAUUUGACAUCUUCUCGAGGUUAUAUUUAGAACGGAAGGUGGUAAAAUCCAAUAUGGCUACCUUCUAGCUGCUUACACAACAUUACAGUUAUACAAUAUUUUCGCAUCGUAAAAAGAAAAAACGUUAUUUUUAUUGCGUGAUUAUUUACCGAGUUUUUUUUGUGAUUCUGUGAUUUUUAUUUUGUGAUAGAGGACCCCACACAUACACGAAACGGGUGUCGCGCCGAUAAUCGCUUAUAAUAACCCCCCUCGUUACUCCCCUCCCGUCAACGUUCCCUUUUUUCGGCAGGAGGAGAGAAGACGCACUUUAUCUCGCGCCAUUUGCUAAACAAAUCCGCUACUACGUUUAUUUUACGUCGUUUACGAAUUUUACGAUGAUGUAUAACGUUCAGGAUUGAUAUUAUUUAAAACUAAAACAAACGACAGAGAUAGGCCUACAAAUUUACCUGCAAUAUUAUAACCUUUUAAAAAAAAACGUUGAAAAUCGUUUAAAUUAUCAAAGGAAUUAUGGAACCGGAUAUGAAGGAGAUCUCGGCGAUUUCCGUUGGUCUUGCCGUAGUUAAAGAAAAUGAUUUCGGUGAUUUGAGUGGAACAAUGUUUGGAGAUGGAGCAAAGAUGGGUGCUGGAAGCCCACUCGAAGAUGGUUUAUUGGAUGAUCCUGAUAGCUGCGGAAUGUGCGGUGAUAAAUUGUUGUUGCCUCGUGUUUUGUCUUGUUUGCACGUGUUUUGCGAACACUGCCUCGACAAGAAGUUGAUCGGCGAAAGUGGGGAUGCGGGAUCUGCAGAAACUGUCAUCACCUGUCCAACUUGCAACCAAGAUACAAAGGUAAAUGAAAUUAUAACAUAAAAAUUAAUACAAAAUUGAAGGUAAAAUUUGUUUUACCAUUACCAUUAUAUACUUCAUUUAGUUCAUUUUUAUCUCGGUCUUUUAUAACAGUUUCCUUUCUGUUAUCUUAACCAUUAUCUUUUCAUUUACUGAAUCAAGGACGUAGUUUAAAAUAAAAAUUAAUUUUUCUUAUCAGAAUCAACUGCUUAUUUUGAAAAUGGUGUAAGUCCAUUUUUGAAAAAAAUGAGAUAUUACGUAAUUCAUGCUUAAUUUAAUGUAAAUUUUUGUGUAUAACUAGUCCGUGUUUAAUUUCUUAAAAAA